UCUAUGUGUCUGGAGGCAAACAACAGACGUUCAGCACACCAACAAAGAAGAAGUGGAGACAGCGGAAGCUGGUGUCCUCUACAACCUGCUUGAGAAAUGGCGGCGUCUGUGUGUCGAGUCGGGAGCACCGUGGGUCGUGUACUGGCCAAAGCCCGCAGUCCCAUCUUGCUGUCUCUAAGGCGUGGACAGACCUCAAUCAGCUAUGCCCAAAGCCUGGUGGGAGCCCCUGAGACUCGUCUCACUGCCCUGGAUAAUGGCCUGAGGGUCGCAUCUGAAGAGACGGGACACGCUACAUGCACCGUGGGACUGUGGAUCAGCGUUGGCAGUCGCUAUGAGAGCGAAAAACACAAUGGGGCUGGCUUUUUCCUGGAGCACAUGGCUUUCAAGGGAACCAAGAAGCACCCUCAGGCCGCUCUGGAGCAGGAAGUGGAGUCUAUGGGUGCUCACUUGAGCGCCUACACCUCCCGGGAGCACACCGCAUACUACAUGAAGACCUUGGCUAAAGACCUGCCUAAAGCCGUGGAGCUACUAUCAGAGGUGGUGCAGAGCUGCUCCCUCAACGAGACGGAGCUUGAGCAGCAGCGGGGCAUCGUGCUCCGUGAACUGGAGGAAGUCGAAGGCAACCUGCAGGAAGUUUGCCUGGACCUGCUGCAUGCCACGGCCUUCCAGGGUACACCUCUGGGCCAAAGUGUGCUGGGACCGUCCAACAAUGCCAGAACUCUUACCCGCCAGGACUUAGUGGAAUACAUCAACAGCCACUACAAGGCCCCACGUAUGGUUCUGUCAGCUGCUGGAGGUGUUAACCACGAGGAGCUGGUGAGCUUGGCCCAAACUCACUUCAGUGGACUGUCCUUUGAGUAUGAGGGCGACGCCGUUCCUGUGUUGUCACCCUGCAGAUUUACAGGAAGUGAGAUCCGCAUGCGUGAUGAUGCUCUUCCUCUGGCACACAUCGCUAUCGCUGUGGAGGGGGCCAGUGCUGCCAGCGCUGACAUUGUGCCUCUCAUGGUGGCUAAUGCCAUCAUUGGGAGCUACGAUCUUACCUACGGCGGUGGAAAGCAUCUGAGCAGCCGUCUGGCGCGCCUGGCAGCGGAGGAGAACCUGUGUCACAGCUUCCAGGCCUUCCACUCGUCCUACAGCGACACCGGCCUGAUGGGAAUUUACUUUGUGACCGACAAGCACCACAUUGAAGACAUGAUGCACUGGUCCCAGAACGCCUGGAUGAACCUGUGCACCACGGUCACGGAGAGUGACGUAGCCAGAGGCAAGAACGCCCUGAAGGCCAGCUUGGUAGGACAACUCGAUGGAACAACGCCAAUUUGUGACGACAUCGGCAGGCACGUUCUGAACUACGGACGGCGUAUUCCUCUCGCCGAGUGGGACGCUCGGAUUGACGCUGUGACCCCCAGGGUGGUUCGUGACGUUUGCUCCAAAUAUAUCUACGACAAGUGUCCCGCUGUGGCUGGUGUCGGCCCCAUUGAACAGCUCCCCGACUACAACAGAAUGCGCAGUGCCAUGUACUGGCUCAGGUUUUAAAUGUCAUUGUGGCGUUGAUUUGUUUUUUCUCGCCUCAACCUCAAGCCAACUUUUCCUUCGACCUCUUAUCAUGCACUCGGCCAGUGAGGGAACUAGUCUGACUAUAAUUGGUAACCUCACUCACCUGGUACAGAUGUGUGCAUGGUGCAUUUACUGUACACAGGACUCAGUACAUCAUAAAUAAGUCUGGAGCAUCAGUGUAUUUAUCAAUUCUGUAAGGUUUGUUUCUGUCCUAUUGUACAUAAUAGACGAUCUCAUUCUGAUGGAAAUAAAACCAAAAAACUUAA